GCGAACUGUUAAUGCUUCUUUGGCCUGUGGGAGGGCGUGUGAGAGGGCAUCUUACGAAGGAGUUGUGUUUCGUAUUGCUGUCGAAAUGAUUAUGUCCCAGAUGGAGAGAGACCUGGUUGCAGGCAAAGAAGCAGACAGGUUGGCGUCUCUCUCAAUGGUGCGAGCUGCCGAAAGCAAGCUCGUUGAAAACCAAAAGGCGUGCGCUAAGCUUCAAGGCGAGGUGUCGAAACUCCGGAUGGCCCUUGAGCACAGCAUGACAAGAAUCAAUCGAAUGUCCACGGACUCUGAUUUUUAUGUUGACCGGCGCAUUGUUAUCAAGUUGUUGGUAACCUUCUUUCAAAGAAACCAUAGCAAGGAGGGGGGGUCGUCGAAGGCCGCGCGCCAUUUCACGCAGUCGAAGUACUGCAAGGCUGGGGGGAUGAGAGUUCUCGCGGAACUCUGGAACGGCACGGACUACACAUUCGUGCCUUCCACUGCUCAGCGGGUGCAGAGGUGGAUGGCAGAUGAGGGGAUACGGGACACGAGAGCGCCCGCGGGUGGCCAGCGACAGCGGAUGGACGACGGAGAGAGGGACGACAUCCAGGACACCUUCGAUGAGGAGGAGGGCCGCGAGGGUGGGGCCAGGGAGGGGGGGGUGGCAGACGAGGCAGACGACGCAGUCGGAGAGCCUGACCUGCCAGGGGAGGAGGUGGUGAUGACGUCAAGAGGCGUCGGUCGAGCGGGUCCCGCUCCUAGGGCGCCGCGACCUGAGUUGGAGCGCGCUAGGAGGGAGAAGAGGGAAGUGGGGGAGGCUGACGUCGAGGUGCAAGACACGGACAGGGAGAAGAGGGCUCGGCAGACGGCGAUUGACGAGAUGUACGCCAAGGAGAAGUUUAGAGUUCACAGACGCGUGGCUGCAGUGGAUCUACGCGAAGGGGUUGCCAUUCAACGCUUUCCGUGGUCCAGAGUUCCAGAGGGUGCGGCAGGCGGCAAAGAGAGUGCCUCGUACUGUCCAAGGGCGAAGGUGGCGACGAUGGUGAGCGCGGUGCACGCCGCUUUCCGGCACAGUGGUGCCACCAUCCUCUCCGACGGGAGGAAGUCGCGCAGCGGCAAGCCGCUCGUGAACUUCCUCGCCGGAGGCGCCAAUGGCGCCCUGCUAUACGCCACCGUCGCACGUGACGGGUCGGUCCAAGACACAGCGGACAUCGUGUACCGUAGGUGGCGGGCCAUCAUCUUGUCCUUUCCUCCAAAGGACGUGAUCGGCUUCUGCACAGACUCCGCGGCGGCAGCGCGCAGAUUCGCCACUGACCCCGAGCCCGACAUUAGGAGGACGCGAGUGGGGUGGGUCAAGGACACCAUCAUCCGCACUCGAGCGCUUGUGCGAUUUAUUAAAUCGCACGGCGCUGCUCACGCCCUGUUUAGGAANACGCGAGUGGGGUGGGUCAAGGACACCAUCAUCCGCACUCGAGCGCUUGUGCGAUUUAUUAAAUCGCACGGCGCUGCUCACGCCCUGUUUAGGAAGGUGAGCCCUCGCGUUCAGCUCGUCGAGCCCGUUGAGACACUGUUCACAUCGGUUUUCUCGAUGCUGACGUGUCUCAAAGGCCGACGAGACGCGUUGGUGAGCAUGUUGCACGGGGAUGCUUGGGCACGCAUCCCGUGGGAGCGCAGGCAUGUAUCGCAGGCGCAGUGGGUGCAGCAGCAGAUCCGGGAUGGGGAGUUUUGGCGUUGUGUCCAGUACGCCCUCCUUGUCAUGGCGGCCAUCCACCAGCUGUUGCGCAGGAUGGAUAGGGGGGGGAUGAUGAUGUCCGUCGUUUACGAGUGGAGUCAGCAUGUGCUGCAGUUGAUGAGGAGGGUCGACGUGCCGGCGGACAUGAUCGAGCCGUGCGUGCGUGAGGUUGCCAUCCGCAACCUCCACAUGCUAGAGCCCGCACAUGCCGCGGCCCACCUCCUCAACCCUCGUCGAUGGUCCCUCACGUAUUACCAUUCGUUAGAGACGACCGCGGACGAUGCCCGUGUGGUCGAGGAGUGCGACAGAUUUCUCCUGGCGCAGACCGGCGAUGAUUCGGUCGGCAGACUGUACAGGACCGUGAGGGACCAGAUGAGGGACUUCCACUCGAUGCGAGGGAAUUGGGGAGAUCGGUCCCUCUUCGAUGCCGAGGCGGACGAUUGCAGGGGGGACCGCGAGACCGAGCGAUGUGCAGCGUGCGGAGAGGAACUGGGCGCAGCACGAGCGCAUAACACGGCGAGGCGCUGCAAGCUUGGUUUUGCCAAGCUUGCACAACUGGUUGAGAUUGCCACCAAUCUCAAACUGGCCUCGUGCGCACGGCAGGGUGGUGGCUACGUGUUGCCAUGGGUUAUGGGGACCGGUCGGGAGGGGACGGGGGCAGAGGACGAGGAUGAGGAGGGAGACGUGGAGCUCGACGUGUGGGGAGCGCGACCUGCCGGCAGUGUUCCCGAGCAGGAGAUCCAGCGGCAGAUUGUCGCUUUCCAUGACAGCCGACCGUCCAGAGCCCAUUCGGGUGGGGAUGAUGCGGACGCCGCUGCGGCAGACGACGACAUCGACGACGAGUGGACAGACGAUGAUGACACGCCACUGAGUGGCGACCCGACGGCGGAGCGGGUGUACUUCACUUACGGUGGGGGACGUGACGGCACGGAUUCAUUCACAUCAGUUAUCACUGGUGGUGUGCCGUCAACCGCACAGGCGAGUGGCAGCAGCAGAGCCGGUGGUGGUCGUGGAGGACGUUCGCAUGCGGAGGUUGGCGUCGACGACUCGGGGGAGCAGCAGCCACGGGGAGGUCUUCGGCAGACAGGCAGGCGUUGGGAGGUUAGGAGCGACAGCGAGGCCGAGGAGGAGGCCGAGGAUGAGCGGGUGCCCCUUCACGAUCGUCGCUUCUCUCCCUCCCAUCAUCGGAGCACUGCACAGCCCGAGGCACUUAGGCAUUCAGAGAGGUUGGCGUCAGCAGCAGGCAGAGAGCGGACACAUGACGGCGAGGAUUGUGGGGGGGAGAGGACUCCUUCCGACGCCGGUAUCCGCCCCCGCUCGCCUUCGGAGCUCCACACACAUGACUUUGGCGUCGGAGGGCUUGGUGGGGGCUUGGGAGAUUUCAGUGUCGAGGGACGUCGACGUGCCUCACCGUCGGAGGUGCACACCGACACGGACAUUGUGCGGGGCCCUGUUGAGACUGAGGAGGAGAGGGAUGCCCGUUUGGACCGAGAGGAGGAGGAGCGGCUGGGGAGUUUGCCACGAUGGGAGGGUCGGUUCGCGUAUCUUGACAAGCAGCGUCGGCAGAGGGAGUUGGAGACAGUAGGGGGGGGAGGCCGUGACGACGAAGACUCGGGUGUCCCUGAGGAGGCAGUUCAGGGGGAGUUCGAUGAUGAGGGACAGGAUGCCGCCGCGGGUAGUGGGUCAGGUGGUGGAUGCCGCGGCGACGGGGAGACCGCGGGUGAUGAGGGGCAGGAUGUUGUCGUGGGCGGUGGGUCCCCUCGUGGGGGGCGUGGCGACGGCGAGACCGCGGGUGAUGAGGGACAGGGUGGCGCCGUGUGUGGCAGGGGAGAGGGUGGACCCGGUGGAGAUGGGGAUACCGCGGGUGUCGGGGGAGACGAUGGACCAGACGGAGAUGAUGACGACGAUCACGGUCCCGAGGAUGAUGCGUAUAGGCUCGCCUUGGUGUUGAGGGACCCCACAGUACCUCCCUUGCACCUUGACGACUCAGCGCAUACUUUCUUCGACGUCAACGCUUCGGCGCAAGCGUUGACGGAUGACCCUUUCGCACACAUGGGCCGCGUGAGCAGCAAGAGGCGGGCCCUUGGGAGGGUGUACUCACCGCCGCCGUUCGAGAUGGCAGGCCGCAUGCUCGGUUUGUCACGAGCGAAGACGAGGAGAUCAUUGGUCCUCGAGGGCGCAGGGACAUCCUUGGACAUGCUGCGGGGACAGCAGUACAGAUUGGGCGAGGAGGGGUUGUUGAUGCGUCCCGGGACAAGACGACAGCGCGGCGUCUCGGAGGUUGAGGCUCGACUCGCGGCAGGGGUCGCCGCUGGCCAGGCAGCAUUGGAUGCGAUUCAGAGGGAGAGAGAGAUGGGGAUUGCUGCACGGGCGGCGGAGGACGAGGACGCAGACACAGAGUCUGAGCCGAUCGAGACUGCGGCCCGCAGACACAGGGCACAGGUGGCCGCGGCAGCGGCUGCAGCACAGCCGGCAUACCUCAGCGGGGCACGGGGCACAGGUGCCGGAGGGAGAGGAGGCCGCCGGGGAGGACCGCAUGGCCGCCCAUUGAAGAAAGAGAAUCACGAGUUCAAAAUGGAUAGCGCCCAACAGAAUUACAAGUCCUCUUUACAAGUCCUCUUCAUCCAACAUGAGUUCCAGGCCUGGUGCACAUCAGCACCAGCAUCAUUCUUUCAGUACAGAGUUCAACAGGUCAAUCUGCGUGAUGCAGAAGGAGACCUGCUAGCCGCUGAAACUGCUGUUCAGAUGAUGGAGACAGGCCAGAGAGUCGAAGAACUCAUAAAGCAAGGACGAUUAGUCCUUGAUCGGUAUGUCGCCAAGGGCCUUGAAAAGUUAGACCGGAAAAGAAAAGAAAAGAAAGAAGAAAGGGUUGAAAGGAGAGAAGCGCAACUGUCUGUGGAUAUGAUGGAGGAAAACAUUCGACAACUAGAGAACACAUUGAGAGAAGAGAGAAGGAAGGUUGAAGAAUACCGAAGAUUGAAAGAGCAGCAAGAAGAAGAAGAGAAAGUAAUGGAAGAAUUGAGGCAAAGGUUUCACUACGAAGAAGCAGGAAGCGAGGUUGCAGCUAUUCUCCAGUCUAUCAUGGUCUACCUCAUGCAUCUCGGAAAGAAAAUUGACCAUAACACCGCCGCGAUCGAGUCCAUGACUAGAAUGAUGAAAGGGAAAGAUAAGGUAGUGUAUGAGGAGGUGGCCAAGGGGGAAGAAGAUAAGAAAAAAAAACAGAAGAAGCUAAUGAAGGAUGCAAUGAAGGAUGCAAUAAAACGGGACACGCCCGAGAAACCGGAAGGCUCCAAGAAAGAACCUGAGAAGCCGGAUGAGAAGAAAGAAGAACCCACCAGAAAGAAAGAAGAAGCGACGAAAGAAGCGGAAAAACCUAAGAAGAAGGAAAAUGUGAAAAUGAAGUUACCAUUCACCUACAGUAACAAGAAGGAUGAAAACUUGUCGAAAUCCAGACCUACUGUACUAUCGCACCCGUGGAACCCGAGAGUCAGCUAUGACGAUGUCUUCCAAGCUCCUGCCGGAGUCGUAACGGAUCGUCCCAUACGCCACGGGAUCACUCUCGAGGACGGCGUCGUACCUCCGCGCGGAUGUAUUUACCGCAUGAGCGAAGAGGAGCUUCAAGUGCUUCGGGCAGAACUAGACGACCUCUUGGCCAAGGGUUGGAUUCGCCCUAGCUGUUCGCCAUACGGUGCUCCCGUUCUCUUCGUUCGGAAGAAGAACAAGGACCUUCGUUUGUGUAUCGACUAUCAGAAACUUAACGCGCAAACGAUCAAGAACGUCGCCCCUCUCCCGCGGAUCGAUGAUCUUUUCGAGCGACUAGGCGGCGCCAAGUACUUCUCAAAACUUGACCUCAAAUCCGGCUAUCACCAGAUCGAGAUCCAGCCAAGAGAUCGGUACAAGAUCGCGUUCAAGACGUGGUAUGGGCACUUUGAGUGGAUCGUCAGGCCUUUCGGUCUCACAAAUGCCCGGACUACUUUCCAAGCGGCUAUGACAACGGAAUUCCGCGACUUGCUCGACUGCACCGUACGCAUUUACCUUGAUGAUAUCUUGGUUUAUAGUCCGGUCAUUGGACGAGCACCUCGAGCACCUUCGCACCGUUUGGGAGCGGCUUCGUAUCGCCAAAUAGGUGAAUCUGCAGCUGUUUCAGUUGAGACUGUUUGUGAUGAUGUGUGUUUGGGGACUGCGCGGGAAGCAUCCUUCUGCUAUGAGGAUCCUGACCCGGAUCAGGACCCGGGGCAGGAUGAGCUUCAGUCCAUUGCUGCCUUCUUCUUCCACUUGAAAGAGCAGAAGAAGAAGGGCCUAUCUGAACUCAUCAUGCUUCGGCCACUGAUCAACCGCACCAGGAUCACUGGGCUCUUGGACUGUGGAGCCACCCGGAACUUCAUAUCUCCCAGUGCAGUUAAAAAGCUGCAUCUGGGUAUGAAAGUUCAGCAGCUGCAGCAGCUGCUGCAAGUGCGGAUUGGUGACUCUACAGUGAUCAACAUCAGGGAGAAGGUCAAGGGCAUCCCUGUGACCUUCGAUACUACAGGAAAAGUCAGACACAGUCUGAACUUUUACAUCUUCCCUGAGCUUCCCUUUGACUUGGUGUUCUCCAUGCAGUGGUUGAGGGCAGUCAACCCUAGGGUCGACUGGCAGAUCCCUAAAGUUGAACUACCAGACAGCCAGGGGGUGUAUCAGCAAUGCGUGAUUGUUGCUGAGCACCGCCCUAAGACCUCCUGCUACUGCCUGAGAGCGAGGGAGUUCCAUGCUCUCUCUCGCCAGUACCACCAUGAGCGUCUGUUUAUUGCUCUGGUCAAGCAAACAGAUGCUCCCCCUGUUUCCUGUCCUCCUGAGAUACAGCAGGUGGUAGAUCAGUAUGCUGAUCUGAUGCAGGAGCCCUUUGGACUUCCCAACCGGCCAACCAAGCAUCACAUCGAGUUGCUGCCUGGAGCGGUCCCUCCCAAGGGCCGCAUCUACAGGAUGUCCCCUGCUGAGCUUGAGGAGCUCAGAAAGCAGCUUGAGACCCUUACCAGCAAAGGCUGGAUCAGACCCAGCACAUCUGAAUUCGGUGCACCUGUUCUCUUUGUGCCCAAAGGGAACGGCGAGUUCAGGAUGUGCAUUGACUACAGGGGUCUCAAUAAGAUCUCUAGGAAGAGUACUGAGCCACUUCCUAGGAUCGAUGACCUCCUAGACAUGGUGCAGGGCUGCACAGUGUUUAGCAAAGUCGACCUCAAAUCUGGCUAUCACCAGAUUGAGAUGGUAGAGGAGGAUGUCUACAAGACAACCUUCAAGACCAGGUGUGGGACUCACGAGUUCUUGGUCGUGCCAUUCGGACUUUGCAAUGACCCAAACACCUUCCAGACUGAGAUGCACCGCAUCUUCAGGCCUUACCUGGACAAGUUUAUGGUUGUCUACCUGGAUGACAUCCUGGUAUUCAGCAAAACUGCCAGGGAACAUGCGGAGCACUUCAGUCUGCUUCAGCAGGAUGAUGGGAAUGGUCUACGACCUGUAGAGUUUAUGAGUAAGAAGAUCAAGACUCAAAAGCUCCAGGACUCUACCUACGAGAAAGAGUUGUAUGCUCUUGUCUGUGCCCUGAAACAUUGGAAGCACUUUCUCCUGGGCAGGCACUUCAAGAUUUUUUCAGAUCACUCCACCCUACAGUGGAUGAAGUCCCACGGAGAGUUGAACGAUAAACUGGCACGGUACAUUCAGUUCAUAGACAUGUUUGACUUUGAACUGAAACACAAGAAGGGCUGCUACAAUAAGGUAGCAGAUGCCCUCUCUCGUAGGCCUGACUCUUUUGCUCUGAUCUCCUCUACUCACUCCUUUGGAGAGGAGACCCGUCAGACCAUUGCUCGUCUACUGCCUCAGGACGAGACUUUUGGACCCAUUGUCAGGAAUCUGCAAGCAGAUCCUAACUCUGAACCAGACUAUGUUCUGAGUUCAGACCUGCUAUACACCUACAGUAGAGGUGAGGAGCGCUUGUGCAUUCCCCAGGACCAGCGGCUCAGGACACUGCUGUUGUCAGAGUGUUAUGAUGCUCGUGGACACUUCGGGUUCCUAAAGUCUUAUGCAGCCCUGUCGCAGCGCUUCUUCUGGAAGGAGAUGCGGAGUGAGAUGCUGCGUUAUGUGGGCACCUGUGAGCUCUGCCAAAGGAACAAGGUUCAGCGUAAACCUCCUUUGGGACUGCUCAAACCCUUACCCAUACCUGAUGGCCCUGCCCAAUCUGUGUCGAUAGACUUCACAGAUCUAGGCAAGACCACCCCUCGUGGCAUGCGUCAGGUUAUGGUCUGCGUGGACAGGUUCUCCAAAUGCGCAGAGUUCAUACCCUUGCCAGAGGUAGCUAGGGUACUGGACCUUAUGGCGCGCAUGCUGGGCUUCUCUGAGGAGGAUAAACAGCGAGUGGGAUUGUCUCGUCGUCCAUUAGGAAGAAGGGGGAUGCUCAGUGGUGUGCUUGGAGUGCCAGGGCGGCUGGUCGGGGGCUUCAUUGGAAGUGGUGGUACUGAAACGACAUCUGCAACGAUCCCCGAGGACAAGGACCAGUCGUUCUCUGAUCUGUGGAUCGAUUUCCUCUUGAAGGAAUCCCAGGGGCAGAUGCAGGCACCACAGGCAGCAGGUCAUGGCAUAGAGAAGACGCCAAGCAAAAGUGCCGCAAGGGCCGCGACAACAUCCCCAGACGAUGAUUUCAAAAGGUCUCACAGCAAAUCGUACUCAGAGCUCUCGCCAUCCAUUGUCAAUGUUGGAACUGUGUUGGAUGCCUCGUCUUACCCAAACUCGCCAACUCACAACAAGGUCUCAAUGGGUAUCGAUUUGUCGCCGUUUUCAACACCGGGUCGUGAUGCAGUGCAGUCCAGACCACCAUCAAGGGAUGGAUCGAGGCGAGGGAACAUCUCCCUGGAUGGUGAGGGUGCAAAUUCGCAGAUCGGUGAGACCCCGAUUGUGAGGAAUGCUAGUACGGGGCAAUUUACAGCACCUCCCGUACAUUUGUCCUCUGGGGACGAAAACCCUGGCAGUUCAAUUGCUCGCAGCCAUUCUCAAAGCAACUUGAAAUAAUGGUAAUGAAGCAUUGAUGAUGGUCUGUCUCAUCAUGAGGAUGCAGGCGUUGCUGAUGGAGAACAUCAGGAGUCCUUGCUGGUGCUCCUUUGUCGCGGACCCAUGGGAAAGUAAUUCUACUCAAGUUCCUGCUUCUUCAAGGGAAAAAAAUAAUGGGGACUGUCCUUGCACAUGAGUGACAAGACAAAGCUUAUUGUGAGUCAUGCAACACCCUGUCGCCCAAUGCGACAGGAUUUUCAUAGCCGUUGUGUGCCACGGCAGAGUUCUGAAGAAAGCAACCCAGUUGUCAUGGGAAUGCUUCUCGAGUUUUUUCAUUCAAUAGGGCUCCUGAUGAUGUUGACAUCACAGUGCUUGAAACUGCAGCAGAGAGUUUUGCAGGUCCCUCUCGUGUAGGUUCUCAGCUGCAGGCUUCUCGGCACAUCCUCUGCAUGUAGACUCAGGACUGGGAACGCAAAGAAGAAAGUUCAGUUCCCCAGAGUUAACGGUACACUCUCAACUUGUGGGGAAGUUGACUUGUGUGGUUAUAGAUCAUGAAAAUGUUCUCUUCUCUGGUCUUCAACGGUAAGUCAUCGGCAGUGAGGAUCGACCCUCGUGUUUCUUGUAAAUCCUGUGUGCGGGAUUGGGCCCACGUAGGCCGUGGGCCUUCGUUGAUACCAUUUGGAACUUUGCAUAUCCUCCUCCUGAGGGUGUACUGUCAUUACUCUACCACCUCGUUGAGGCUCUUGAGCACGCACGCAAUUCUAUCAUUUGUGAGGGCAACUGUCAUCCCAUCAGAUGAUGAUUCUCUCCCAGCACAAAGCAGACGGUUAUUCUCGGGUUCCAAAUGGUAUGUGCCUCACUCUGCUGCUCAACGUUCUACAUGCAUUUGGAUGCCUUUCUGGACCAGGGGCAUUCUCGGUGGAGCCGAAUGUUUCAAAUGUGUCGGGAAGAUUAUUACCUCCGGAUACAUGUAGAGUGUUGUGUAGUCACUGUAGUUGAUCAAGGCCCAAUGUGUCACCUCUUAGUUAUGUUUUGACAGUUGGCUGUCAACUCCAAUUAAGAGGGUAUUAACAAGGAAGUACAGUUGGCCUCUCCAAAUUGGCAUGUAUUGUUGUGAAGUUCCUGUAGCAACAAAAAGGCUCAUCAAGGGAACAAGCAGGAAGGGAGGGGCAGGCAUCCUCAACCAUGCAGGUCUGUUUGCUGCUUCAUGUGGUAAGUCGUGUGCUUAGGGUAUAUUCACACUGAGACUUCAUUACUUAUUUACGAACGUAAUUGCUGUCGGAUUCGUACAGCUCCGGCGGUGAAUGCGGUCAAAUACAAUGAAGGUAGAGCCAGCAUGAGUAAGGCCUGAGGAUGCCUCUCUGCUCAUCUGUGUUUGUUGUGGUGAUUCAAAAUGAUGAUGAUCUAUGGACUGUGGCUGUCUGAUCGAGACACGCUUGAAGAGAAGAGUUCUUGUGGAGGCUUCUGAAGGGAAGAGUCGAUACCAGAAAGGGGAAAUCCGAUUCAGGAAAAAGAGGAAUCGGAGGUACCAGUGGUUUACAGUCGAGAGCAACUGGAGGAAAUUGAAAUUGCUCCAUUUGGCUGUUAGUACGGCUGCGGCCAAGUUUUGGCUUUUGAAUAGUUGCACUGCCAAGAUUUGUAGCAAUAGUUUCUACCUUAUUAGACGCAUGGUGGAAGCCGCCAUGAAGCUGAGCGCCUGGCUAUGCUGCGAUGUUCAGGCUUCUUUUUCGGUCUCUUGCGAGCCAAGAAAGUGCAGCAGCUGGGGAAGUUCAUGGAUACCAAUUUCCAGAGAGAAUUCCAAGAGAGGUCAAGCUGCGGCGUUGUUGCUGAUUUCCAUGAUGGUUGUUGCAGGCAGCAGCCUUUGUGCACUGGCAAACACUUCAAAGUUGGCUGGGAUCCCACUUCUCAGGAUCGAUCACUGCUUACAGUGCUUAGUGGGUGUACCAUCAGGUGGGAAAUGGUUAACGAUUGCAUGAUGGCUGUAACCCAAUCGUGAGGAGAAAGAUAGCAUCUGACAUUGCGAGAACUGGGAGGGGCGGAUGCAAGAGUAGUAGGGAAGAGAGAACAGAGACAAUUUGUGGCAUUUAUGCGUGGUGUGGGCAGAUUAAUAUCAAGGUUAUUGAUAGGUUAUCUGAGGACUAGUUUGACAGAGAUGUGACGCGCUGUAGCAGUGGUAAACAUUUUUGAGUGUGUCGACUGCGUUGUCUAUAAAUAAUUAGCUCAGGAUAGUUGCACACUUUUUUGCAACUAGAUCUUUUCCUUCGUGGUUGGAGCAGUGGAGAGAUUCCCAGUUCUUUUGGCAGUUUCUGAAUAAUACCUGGAGAAGCAAUGGCUUAUCAUUGUUGAGAGAAGUUUGACAGAAAGCUAGCAGGCAUCAAAAAGCAGCAGUGAUGACUUAUCCUCAUUGCCUCAUCCUAGAUUCUACUCGAGUGAGAAAUGCACUCUCUUGUAUUGGUUCCUGUCUGUACAAGGUGCUGAGAUGCUCUUGAGGAGUCACCCAUGAGCUUGAGAGAGAGAGAGAGAGAGAGAGAGAGAGAGAGAGUAAAUUUGUCCAACCUUG